AUGCUUCGCGAAGAGUCGUUUUGCGCAGACGAGUACCAACUCUAUUUGGAAUUCGGCGACGACAAGCGCGUCCGACACGAGUUCCAGGAUGGGCUCCCCGCCGAGGAGAACGUUUUUGCAAUAUUCGAGCCUGUGACGCGGUCAAGAGUCGUUAUUGAGUGCAUGCUCAAGCAUAUGCCCGAGAGUGUCAAGCUCAAUAUGGCGAGCGCCCAGGUUGUCCUCGGUCUAGCACCGAGUGUCACUGCCUUCUUCGCACCGGAGGCGUGGCAGGCGGGCGUCAUUGUCAGGAUAGGGAAGCAUCCACUGCGCCAUCCGCUUGUUCUUCUCUUAGCCACCGCCUCUCCUAUCCUGCCGCCCUCGCUCUCUUCAGGCUCGGGGCUUGUGGAAGCUCUGUUGACCAGGAGCGUUGGUGGAGGCGGCACCGACUUGCACCAGCGUUUCGUUUUCCCGCCUUGGAUCUACAGGUUACUGUCCGUACGCGACGGCAAGAUUGAGGGUGGAAAUCCCGUGAGAAGAAGGCUCGCGCUGUGGAUUAUAGGAUGGCCGAUUGUCUACCUACUCAGUCUGGCAUCUUUAGCCAACGUCGCCCAUGUCAUCUGGAGUCUGUAUAAUACGGUCUUGAACUUUUCCGGCCAAGAACGCUGGCUCUUCGUAUUAUGGAUCUUCACCGGAUUGAUAAUCCACACCUCGGGUGCCCUGGCGGUGUGGCCUCGGCUCAAACGCCGUCCCGCUGCUAUCGCUGCUGGCAGCAGAACGGCAUCAACGACGACACAUGACGAGAUAGCUAGAUAUGCGGAGGUGGCUGCCGACACAAUUGAGAUGUCCGAGAUCGACAGACAGCCGGCGGGCGGACUGUCUGUAUCACGGGGCGGCAGGAGGAGAAAGGUCCAAGUAGAGAUUAGACCACCUAGUAUGGUUUCCGUGCUCUUGACAUGGUUCACUGCUAUGGCUGCUGUCCUGCAUCUCAUUUUUGGGACCGUCAUCUUCUCGAGCGUCCUGCUCGUCUCGGUGGUGGAUGCUGUGCCCAUUGCAUUGCGUCUGCUGGCCUCAGCAAUCUUUUCUCGCAUAGUCAUGGAAUAUAUGAUCUCUAUGUGGUUGCGAGACGUUGACUUGCUCUAUCAACCACCAGUGGAAAGCGGUGAUGGGGUCAGGAUCGAUACUGCGGAGGAGACUGCACCACUGUCACCUUGA